AUGCCUACCGAAGCCGAAGUGAGAAUCCGGAGGGACUCGUGGCCCCCUACGCAAAUGUGGCUCGAGACCCCUCGCAACAGAAAGGUUAAUGAGCCUCGACCGCUGCUGGAUGAUAUGGACGAUGACCCUCUGACCUACUUUCUCACACCAACGCCAGACGACGUCGGCGUAGACUAUGGCACAGAUUUCGAUGCUGGCAUCGAGGACCCCAACCAUCCGGCGGAGAUGGUCCGCAGCGUCAGCCCUUCGACAUUGGAGGGCCUGAGCAAGCCAGACCGUCCAUCCUCCCCCGAGUGCGACUCUGGCAUGACAUCGCCAGAUGAACAUGAUGGUGACGACGACGACGAGGAAGACUACAUUCACUGGUCACCUCUGAAUUCACGACUCACAUCGUUUAAAGAUCUCCACAUUGACGGCCUCAGCCUAGCAAAGAGCCCAUCGUUCGGCCGCAGUGCCAAUGCCCUACUAUCACAACAUUCGUUUCCGGCACCUACACCUCGAGGACGGUCCCGGGGGGGUGGUCAGCGCAGCAGCAGUCCUUCCCUCCGGCCAGGCCAUCUCUGGCGUGUACCCAGCCCCGACGUCUGGAGCAUCGAGGAGGAGACGGAGGAGGAACUUCGAGAUGCACAGCAGCCCGAUACGCCCGCGGAGAAGAAGACGAAGGUGUCUGGGAAGCCAAAGAAGAAGGUCAGGUUCAUACUGCCCCCCAGGGACUAG